AUGCUAGCCAAUGCUGGCACAAUUGACAAGACUGAUACUACCACUGUACCAAUUAGCUGGAAACCUCCUGCAAGAGACCUCUUAAAGCUUAACAUAUAUGGCUCAGCUCUCCAGAACCCUGGGAAGGGGGGAAUUAGUAGAGCCUUUAAGAACCAUACUGGGGAAUGGGUCCUGGGAUACUACAUGCAUCUCCCCCUGACCACCUCUGUCAUGACUGAACUGACUGCGCUAAGAUAUGGUCUGACCAUCGCUAAGGCUUACAAUUUCCACCACAUCACUAUCGAAACAGAUUCUAGUGUUCUACUUCACAUGCUUCUGAAUGAUCACCCAUCCUACCAUAACCUCUUGUCUGAAUGCAGGAUGCUAAUGGAGGAAAUGUGCAUACCAGUCCCCGCCAAAAUAUACAGGGAACAGAAUGCAGUGGCGGACGCACUUGCGAAGGAGAAAGCUAGGACUCAAGAAUUGGAGCCCAAGUUAAUUUUGCAUAUGCCACAUUUUGUAAUUUCUCAUGUACAAGCAGACCGUGAAGGCGUUUGUUUUGACCGAACAAUUAAAAACUUAUCUAUUAUCCUACAGGGCUGGAAUGUGGCCCAGAACAAUAUUGUUUUGGCUCCUACGCAUAAGAGGAGCAUUCUCGAUCUACACCGUUAA